AUGGACGGACAAAUUCAGCUUUUGGGUAAUAAGAAGCGUGCUUCUUGGCGAUCACUUUGCCGAAAGCAACUCGCUGAUCAUAUAUUUGAGAGACUUCAAAUUAUAGUAGACCCCGCGGAGGUUCGAUUGAAGACAGAUAACGAAUGUCCCUAUGCAUGGCAGGUAGAAGAUCCAUCUAUCGAGCAUCUCUUUCAGAAGCAUAUGAGUAAACACUCGUUAGGGGGCUAUAUGCUGCUUCACCGCGAGGUGGGCCACAAAUUUCAUGCAAUUCCUACAAAAUGCAAGAAAGACCAGACGGAGCUUGAUACUGUUGCCCAUAUGCGAGCUGAAAACCUCAGUCUCGUGGAGAAACUAAGGGCAUCCGAAGAUAAAGCAUCUCGUUACGAGGAGGCUGCAACACAAGCUGAGGCCGAGAUCAAAGACAAAAAUACAAUGAUUCGGGAAGCACAGGCUACCAUAAAUCUUCACCAGCAAGAUAUCUUGAACUGGAUGGCUGUUGCCGAGUGGUAUCAGACCAAAUGUUUCCAGUGUUCGAAUGUGCUAGGACAAAUGAUGGCAUUUUUACAAGACACCGCAUCUGAGAACGAGUGA